AAUAAUUAUUGAUAAGAUCUUCUACGAAAGGGCCCUCCCUCCAUUGUGGAGGGCCGUCCACUGUCUGCCUCUUCUCCACCUUCAUAAGUUUGCCUUUGUUAGGCCUCUCAAGGAUAGAGGCAACUCAGGAGCAACCAUGAUUCUUCUUCUAGUGCUUCAACUACUGGUUUCGUGUCUGAGAGUCUCGGAAGGCCAACCGCCCGUUCCCGGCAUAAUCAUCUUCGGCGACUCCACCGUCGACGUCGGCAACAACAACAAUCUCCUCACUCUGGUGAAGGCCAACUUCCCCCCUUACGGAAGAGACUUCCUCGAUCACUCACCGACAGGGAGGUUCAGCAAUGGCAAACUGGCCAUCGACUUGACGAUUGACUAUCUUGGAUUCACUUCAUACCCUCCUGCUUAUCUCGACAAGGAGGCAUCUGGGGACGACUUACUGAAUGGUGCCAACUUUGCUUCUGCUUCCUCAGGCUUCCUGGACUCUACGGCGACCUUAUAUCGAGCUGUGUCUCUAACGCAGCAACUGAGAUACUACAAGGAAUACCAGGCGAAGGUGGAGAGGAUAGCCGGAAAAGCCAAGGCGGCAGAGUUGUUUGCCGGAUCCAUCUAUGUUUUGAGCACCGGAAGCAGUGAUUUCUUGCAGAAUUACUACAUCAAUCCCCUGCUCCGCCUUGUGUACUCCACGGAUCAGUUCUCCGACUUGCUGCUGCUGCAGUCUUUCACCAAAUUUGUCCAGAACUUGUACAGUUUGGGGGCGAGACGAAUAGGCGUGACGUCAUUACCGCCGGUCGGCUGCCUUCCGGCGUCCAUCACAUUGUUUGGCGGCCUAGGAAGAGGGUGUGUGGGGCGGCUCAAUGAUGAUGCGGUGGCUUUCAACAGGAAACUGAAUGCAGCAGCUGAAGCCUUGAAGAGGAGCCACCAGGGGCUGAAGCUGGUUGUCCUGGACAUCUACAACCCUUUUCUAAACAUUGUCCACAACCCAGAAGACAAUGGAUUCGUGCAAGUGAGGAAGGCAUGUUGCGGAACGGGGACACUCGAGACAUCACUGCUCUGCAAUGCAGCAUCACUGGGAACAUGUAGCAACGCGACAGAGUACAUGUUCUGGGACAGCUUCCACCUCACGGAGUCAGCCAACGUUAUAUUGGCUGAUGCUCUUCUACUUCAAGGCAUCGAACUCAUUUCCUAAUUGUAUGUCGAGGCAUAGCAGUGAUGCAAAUGGCAUAAGCAAUCGUAGUGCGUGCAUGGAGAAAAGGAUAUUAACAAUCUCCUUAGUAGUAUGUGUACUCAGGGCUGUCACUAGUCAAUAAGGAAAGAGGUAAGGAGACCUAUUCACCUUCC